GAUGCUGCCAUGCUCCCGCCUUGAUGAUAAUGGACUGAACCUCUGAACCUGUCACAGAUCAUCAUCGAGGGAACUCAAAGCAGAAACCUGAAAGUAGUCUCGAUUGGUAUUCCACACAGCAUUACUUCCACCAGGAAACUCAUUUCACAGCCAAAGAAGUUCAGCAGGAACUAUGGAGGAUGUUUUUGCUGGACAGCAGGGUCCCCGAGACCUCAACAGCAAGCCCCUCAUUCCCCUCUACUCUGCAGGGUGGAGAGCCAUGGCACAUAGAGCACUUUUGGUGUAUCUAGAUCAGAGCUGAGGAACUAAUGGUGAAUAAGGCUUGCUCCGUCUCCCAAGUUUGCCUGAUGGAGACAACAUGAAUAGACCCUCCAGCUGGUGAGCAACAGCAAGACCUUCCAUCGGGUGGAUGAGCCUCUGACCUGGAAAGAGGCCAUGUGGUAUUGCCGGGAUCAUUACACAGACCUCGCUGACCUGCAGAGCAUGAACAGCCUAGCGAGCAUCGUGGCAGUCUACUCCUACACCAGCAGCACCCAGGCAUGGAUUGGCCUCUUCUAUGAUGUGAGCAUCUCUGGCCUGAGUUGGUCUAGUGGCUCUACCUUUUCUAUGCCAACAUGGAGUAACCUGCCUGUCUUCCGGGAUGGACUCUGUGCUACUCUGUAUUCAUGGCUCAGCAUACCUGCCCUGGGAGCUGCUUCCUGCACAGACCAGAAGCCCUUCAUUUGCUAUUUAGACCCUGCUAUAGGACACGACACCUCCUUGGUGUCCCCUGUCAAGAAGGACCUGACCACUCUACCAGAGGAAGCUGAGGUCACGAUUGGUGAGCAGACCUUCAUUCGGAUUAAACAACCCAUGACAUGGCUCUCGGCUCUGAACUACUGUCGCAACCACUACACAGACCUGGCCGAUCUGCAGAGAGUGACCGACAAGGACAAAGAAACUCUCAAGAAAAUCAUAAAUAAUAAUGAUGCCUGGAUUGGCCUCUACUUCAACGUAAAGAUCAAUAAUCUGACCUGGUCCAGUGAGCAGGGUUCUAGCAUCCCUGCAUGGCUACAGGACAUGCCUCUGUUUGGUCAAGGACUGUGUGCAGGACUCCGUACCUUUGCAAAUCACCCACCUCAGAUAUAUGCUCUCUUUUGCCCUGAUCUGAAGCCUUUCAUCUGUUUCUAUGACUCCUCCAUUGGCCAUCGGAAGUCAGCAGAGAUACCUCCACUCGUCGACACUUCCUCCUCUAGAGUGACUCAGCACUUAGAAGUUCCUACAAGGCCACCCUCGAGGCAAAACACAGGGACCAGCACUGGCCCCACAGAUGCCUCCCAAAUGAGUCAUGAACCAAUUGUGGUCAGUACCUGUGACACCACCACUCCCGCCCUGACCACUAUGAGCCUUACAUCUCUCCAACCUCAAGGAAUGGUUUCAACAAGUCCUCUGGCAACCUCUGCACGUUCAGAAACCACAGAGCGACCUACGAAGGCAUCUGUCUCAGGGAGUCCAGCGGAGAUCCAAGAAGAUUGGCCCAAUGCUUCUGCAGUCUGGAGCCUGGACACCAGCACUGAGACAGUUGGGAGCCUGUCAGGAACUACAACAGCCAUGACCACUAUAAAGAGUAGCACAUAUAAAGGAGACACAACCACUGCCACUCAGGCUCAACAUUUAAGCUCACCUAACUACCCAGAAUCUAAAAAGAAACCAGCAGCAUUGGAGUCAGAGCACUCCUUUGGAAUCUUGAAAGCAGAUUUUACCAUCCCAACACUGAGGGAUCCAGAAGAGAUGAAAGAUCAACUUUUGAGUGAGAUCCAAGCAGUCCUAAAGUUUGUAUUAGGUCACGAGGAAUUCACAUUGAAAUGGAUCGGCUUCGAAGUGAACAAAGAAUAGCAAACACCC